CCGCAACUCACCUCAGCAGAUCUCCAACAACAAGAUGGCAGAAGACGCCGUCGCAGACAGCAAAGCGAGCGAUAGCAAAGCAACAGGACUCCCUGCCGAGCUACGAUACAUCCAAUACUCGCAUGAAUUGGAAAAACAAUACCUGCCCGCAAUCCGAGCUCUGAUAUCCAAGGAUCUCAGUGAGCCGUAUAGCAUCUAUGUCUACCGAUACUUCCUGUACCAAUGGGGCGAUCUCUGUUUUCUCGCAAUUCACCCCACAACCUCCCUCCUAAUCGGCAUCGUGAUCUCCAAACUCGAGACCCACCAAUCGCACUCCCCUCCCACGCUCCGCGGCUACAUCGCCAUGCUCGCCACCUCGUCCGCCUAUCGUAACCAAGGGAUCGCUACGACGUUAGUCCGGAAAGCUAUCGAUGCCAUGAUCGAGCGCGGAGCAGACGAGGUUGUGCUCGAGACGGAAGAGAGCAAUACACCUGCCGUGAAGCUGUAUGAGCGAUUGGGGUUCAUUAGGAGUAAGAAGUUGCAUCGAUACUAUUUGAAUGGCAGUAGUGCGUAUAGGUUGGUGUUGCAUUUGAAGCGGACCAUGGACAUGAGUGGUGAAGUUGGUAUUUAGAGGCUGGGGGUUGGACACAAUGAGUUACGAAUUGAUGAUUGGGAAUGACUUCAUGAAUGGAAUGGUUGGAGGAAGCAAAAAUUUGAUUAGAGCUUGCUAGUUCAUUAGAGCUAGAAAUGCGCUGAAGUUCUGGACAGCAAACGAAUAUCGUGAGCAAAUGGGUAUCUUGAAACAAUUAUUCCCACUCCAAUGGACGCCAG